UCCAGGAGGUAUCCAGGGAAGAGGCUGACAGGAGGAGUUUGGAAACCAGUGGCUGCUAAACUUGGUCUGACUGGGAAAAACAUUUCUUUCCUUCACACUCACUUACAAUAUACUACAGCCCUUCUGCUUCUCCUGCUGCUGCCUCUGCCUGCAAGGAACCCGACACCGCUACCAUUAAGGGGAUUUUGCUUUCUACAGAAGGUGAAAGGCUGCAAAAACAUCUGGAGGCUGUGAAGAAAGCAGAGUGCCAAGAAAAUUUCCUUCAAUCAAGAAGAAAAAAAUAAAUAAAUAAAAGAAGUUUUCUACCAGGUGUAUGGGACAUAGAUUAUUGAAAUACUGCACUGAACUGUUAAAGGUAAACUAUGACCACUUUACUAUUAGUGUUCGUGUGUUUGCGAGUCAUUGCUGCAGCAAUAUCCGUGGAAGUCACAGAUCAUAGUAACACACUGAGUGUGAGUAUACCUGUUGAGUCUCCCUUGCAAACCCAUCUUGGAAACUCGCUUACCAUCCCCUGCUACUAUAUGAACUCUUUGGAACAUGUGACUGUAGCUCCCUCAACAGCGCCAUUAACACCAAGAAUAAAAUGGACCAAGCAUACUAAAGAACAAGAUACUGUCCUACUGGUGGCCACUGAUGGGCAUGUUCGUAUAAAUGAAUCAUACAAAGGACGUAUCUCUAUGCCAAACUAUCCCCUCAUCCCUAGUGAUGUUUCUUUGGAAAUCUCAAACCUACUGUCCAGUGAUAAAGGAACCUACCGCUGUGAAGUGAUGCAUGGUAUUGAAGACAGCCAGGACACAGUAGAGGUUAAAGUAAAAGGGAUCGUUUUCCACUACAGAGCAAUCUCUACCAGAUACACUUUAGACUUUGAGAAGGCCAAACAAGCCUGUAUUCAGAACAGCGCCAUCAUUGCAACACCGGAGCAACUGCAGGCAGCAUAUGAUGAUGGUUAUCACCAGUGUGAUGCUGGAUGGCUUGCUGAUCAGACUGUUCGUUAUCCAAUCCAUAAUCCACGUGAAGAAUGCUACGGUGACAAAGAUAUAUUUCCAGGAGUGAGAACCUAUGGCAUUAGAGAAACUGAUGAAACUUAUGAUGUAUAUUGCUUUGCAGAAGAGAUGCAAGGUGAAGUCUUCUAUGCAACAUCUCCUGAAAAGUUCACCUUUCAAGAAGCAGAGAAGCAAUGUCAGAAUCUGGGAACAAGGAUGGCCACCACUGGAGAGUUGUAUCUGGCUUGGCAAAGUGGAAUGGAUGUGUGCAGUGCUGGCUGGCUGGGAGAUCGUAGUGUUAGGUACCCAAUAAACAUAAAACGUCCUAACUGUGGUGGCAACUUGAUUGGAGUCAGAACUGUUUAUCUCCACCCAAACCAAACUGGUUAUCCUGAUCCAUUGUCCCGCUAUGAUGCAAUAUGCUUUAAAGAUAAAUCUGAAAAUAUCACAAUUCAAACAGUCACAGUGCCUCAACUGGAGAUUAUCUUGCAACGGAAUGCAACAGAAGAAGAAGCAAAGGGUAGUAUUGCCACUUUGGAACCUAUGGAUGUUACACCAACUCUUGACCUAGAACAAGCUUUUACAGCUACUCCAGAAAUUACAGAAAGUCCAGAGCUCCCAUUAACAGAAGCUCCAUAUGAAAAUGUCACAGAGGAAGGUAUACAGCUAUGGUUGGAGAACAUUACAGCUCUUCCUACAUUAGAAGAUGAGACGGAAUUGAAUGCUACAUCAGUUGUUGAGGUGGAAAUAGUCCCUGCUACAGCGAUCGUUGAUGUUGCAGGAAAACCCAUUUCUGACACUGGUGUUGUGUUUCAUUAUCGUGCUGCAUCCAGUCGAUACUCCCUGAAUUUCACAGAGGCUAAGAAGGCAUGUCUUGACAACAAUGCCAUCAUCGCAACUCCUGGCCAACUCCAGGCUGCCUAUGAAGCUGGCUUCGAUCAAUGUGAUGCUGGAUGGUUAUCAGACCAAACCGUCAGAUAUCCAAUUGUCAAUCCACGAGAAAACUGCAAUGGAGACAAGAAUGGAUUUCCAGGGGUUAGAAACUAUGGUGUGGUGAAUCCAGAGGAAGUUUAUGAUGUGUACUGUUACAUUGAAAGACUGCGAGGAGAAGUGUUUUUUGCAACACAGCCAAAUCAGUUUACUUUCCAAGAAGCAAAAGAGUAUUGUGAAAGUAUAAAUGCCACUUUGGCUUCAACGGGACAGCUCCAUGCCGCAUGGAAAUUGGGACUGGAUAAGUGCAGAGAAGGGUGGUUGGCUGACGGUAGCAUUCGUUACCCUAUUGUGACACCUAGACGAGCAUGUGGAGGAGACAAACCUGGUGUGCGAACAGUCUACGUUUAUGCUAAUCAAACAGGAUUCCCUGAUCCCUCAUCAAGACAUCAUGCUUUCUGUUUCAGAGCUUCGCUAUUCCCAGAGGAAGCUCCAGGCACUGAGUUAGUUGAUGAAGACAUUUUAGUGACACAAGUAUUUCCUGGUGUGGCAGGGCUACCUUCUGGAGAAGAAACAACUGUGGAAAUGGAGAUUGCCACUGAAUUUGAGAACCAAACUGAUUUCUGGUUAAUUAAUGUUACAGCCCUUCCAACCAUUGAAGCACUGAAACCAGUGAGUCCUUCUGCCAUCCCUCCUGUGACUACAUCCCCAGAAGACAUAAGUGGAGAAGCAUCAGUAGCUUUCAGUGGGGCUAGUGGAGAACCAUCUGGAGAAGUAUCUGGAGAGUUAAGUGGAGAUGUGUCUGGAAUACAUGAACUAAGUGGAGAACCAUCAGGAAUAGAAUUAAGUGGACUGCCAUCAGGAGAUAUUUCAGGAGAGACAUCAGGUUAUGAAGAAAGUGGGUUUUCAUCUGGUUUUGAAACUUCUGGAGAGAGUGGACUAAGUGGACUUCCAUCGGGAGAAGUUUCUGGUGAAUUGCCAUCAGGUGAAGUAGAUGCCAGUGGGCUUCCUUCUGUGGUACCUGAAGCCAGUGGUUUCCCUUCUGGGGAAGAUAUAUCUGGAGAUGUAUCUGGCGCUCCAGAUUUUAGUGGAUUAUCUUCAGCAAUUCUAGAAAUCAGUGGUUUACCAUCUGGAGACAUUAGUGGAGAACCAUCUGGGUUUGAGCUAACUAGUGGAUUGCCAUCAGGAGUUGAGUUUAUAAGUGGUCUGUCCUCUGGAAUUGAAGAUAUCAGUGGAUUUCCUUCCGGCUUUCCAACAAUAACACACAUAGAUACAACUUUGAUAGAAAGUGUCACAGAUGCACCAGAAACUGAAUUGGAAGGAAAGGGAACAGUUGAAUUUAGUGCAUCAGGGGAAAUAUCAGGUGAUAUUAGUGGACAACCUUCAGGUUUAGAACUUAGUGGGGAUGUUUCUGGAUUCGAUAUUAGCGGAGAGCCCUCUGGCUUAGUAGAUUUGAGUGGAGAUGUUUCUGGAGUAAUUGAAUUUAGUGGUGAAACAUCAGGAUUGGAUAUUAGUGGGAUUGCCUCAGGAAUAUUCGAUAUCAGUGGGGAAGUCUCUGGUGUGGGUGAGAUUAGUGGAGAGACAUCAGGCAUAUUUAGUAUUAGUGGUGAAUUUUCAGGGAUAACUGAAAUUAGUGGCGCAGAAUCUGGAGAAUUUGGUAUUAGUGGUGACUUAUCAGGCUUUAAGGAGGUUAGUGGAGAACCAUCUGGCAUAUUGGAUAUUAGUGGUGAUUUAUCUGGGGAACCAUCAGGCCUUUUGGAUAUAAGUGGAGCUCCAUCUAGUUUUAUUGAUAUCAGUGGAGAUUUUUCUGGAAUUGUUGAAAUCAGUGGUGAGCCAUCUGGAAUAAGUGGUGAUUUUUCUGGAGCUUUUGAUUUAAGUGGGAUCAGUGGUCUUACAUCAGGUAAAUUUGAUGAAGAUGGUGAGCCAUCUGGUGUUACUCUUAUAGACCAUAGCUUAGUACAAAUUACCCAACUAGCAGAGAAAGAAGAAGAAGGCAAAGGGUCAGUGGAAAUAAGUGGCUUUUUAUCAGGAGAUGAAGAGAUCUCAGGUGAUAUAUCUGGAAUCCCUGAUGCUAGUGGGGAAAUUUCAGGUUUAGUAGACAUAAGUGGUUUUGCCUCAGGCGAUAUCUCUAGUGGUGAGUUAGAAAUUAGUGGUAUAACAGAAUUUAGUGGAGUACCUUCAGGAGUUGAAUUUGUGAGUGGAGUAUCAUCUGGUGUUGAUGAGCUAAGUGGAUUCCCAUCAGGCUUUCCUACCAUAUCUCAUUUGGAUUUCACACUAACAGAACUAACAACAUCAGGAGAUACAACACAAGAGGCAGGAGAAGGGACAUCAGGAAUAUUUGAGGUUAGUGGGGGGGUUUCAGGAGACACAUCUGCAGAGGCUUCUGGAGUUAUUGAUUCCAGUGGCCUGCCUUCAGGGACACAAGAAAUUAGUGGGGAAAUAUCAGGUGUUGAUGCAUCUGGUAUUCCUGAUAUCACCCUAGUUACAGAUGAUUUAGUUGAAGCUGUGACAAAACCAACAGUUUCACAGGAGUUAGGUGGUGUUACCAUGCCCUAUAUAAUAGAAACUUCAGCAUCUGGUGAAAUUAGUGGGGAAAUAUCAGGUGUUGAUGCAUCUGGUAUUCCUGAUAUCACCCUAGUUACAGAUGAUUUAGUUGAAGCUGUGACAAAACCAACAGUUUCACAGGAGUUAGGUGGUGUUACCAUGCCCUAUAUAAUAGAAACUUCAGCAUCUGGUGAAAUUAGUGGGGAAAUAUCAGGUGUUGAUGCAUCUGGUAUUCCUGAUAUCACCCUAGUUAUAGAUGAUUUAGUUGAAGCUGUGACAAAAACAACAGUUUCACAGGAGUUAGGUGGUGUUACCAUACCCUAUAUAAUAGAAACUUCAGCAUCUGGUGAAAUUAGUGGUGAAGCAUCUGCACUUCUUGAAACAAGUGGAGAGCCUUCUGGUAUUCCUUUAACCACAGUGGAAUCAGAAAGGACUUUGGAAGGAAGCACAGAAGCCAGUGUUGAUUUAUCAGGUGAAACAUCUGUAUCAGAUAUUAUUAUCAGCACAUCAAAACCAGAGGCGGAAUUAACCCCUGCUUCUAAAGAACCAGAAGAAGCACAGAAGGAAACAGAAUUAUCUACAACAGUUUCAUCGGGAGAUGUAAUAGAUGAAGUACAUGUUGAAGAAGCCACUUAUCCAAGUGCCUUAGAAGCCACACCACAAGUUCUUCCUGAUGUGGCUGAAGCUGAAGGAUUUAUUGGAUCAUGCACCGAUCUUCCAUGUGGAGCCGGAACAUGCACAGAAAAGGAAGGAAGAGUUACCUGUCUAUGCCCGCCAGGAUUUGGGGGAGAUCACUGUGAUAUAGACAUUGAUGAGUGCCUCUCAAGCCCAUGUGCGAAUGGAGCUACCUGCGUUGAUGGCAUCGACUCAUUCAAAUGCUUAUGCCUUCCCAGCUACGGAGGGGACCUAUGUCAGAUCGAUCUUGAAGUGUGUGAGGAAGGUUGGACCAAAUUUCAAGGUCACUGUUACAAACACUUUGCUGAUAGAGAUACCUGGGUGGAUGCAGAAAACCAGUGUCGAAAUCAUCAGUCUCAUCUAUCUAGCAUCCUUUCACCUGAAGAACAAGAGUUUAUAAAUGGCAAUGCACAGGACUAUCAGUGGAUUGGGCUCAAUGAUAAAACAAUUGAAAAUGACUUCCGCUGGUCUGAUGGGAACCCAUUGAUAUACGAGAAUUGGAGGCCAAACCAACCAGAUAACUUCUUUGCCACGGGGGAGGACUGUGUUGUAAUGAUAUGGCAUGAAAGAGGAGAAUGGAAUGAUGUGCCAUGUAAUUAUCACUUGCCAUUCACGUGUAAAAAAGGAACAGUGGCUUGUAGUGACCCUCCCGUGGUCCCAAAUGCUAGCACAUUAGGAAAGAGGAAAGAGCGUUAUGAAAUCAGCUCAUUAGUGCGGUAUCAGUGCAACCAAGGUUUCCUUCAGCGUCAUGUUCCUAUAAUCCGUUGUCUACCAAGCGGGCAGUGGGAAGAGCCAAGGAUACAAUGCAUAGAUCUUUCCACCUACAGACACAAGAGAACUCCCAGAAGUCGGUCGAGAGCCAUUGGCAGAGCUGAACAGAAAAAGGCCCAUUAAAAUGGAAACAGACAAAAAAGAAAUAUUUUAAAGAACAUUUAUAUUAACAGUGUCAAUUUGUUUGUUUUUUUUGUUUUCGCAUAUAAGGAGUUUAUAUUCAAGAAAACCCAACCUGUAUAUAAAAAAAAAAUCACCAAAGCAAAUUAGGUUUCAGCAUUUUUACUAAUGGUGAAUAAGUACCUUUGUAUAGGCUCACGUUGUGCCUUUCUUCAGAGGGUUAAACGAUUGGCAGAAACAACCUUACGAAGAAUAGAAAGGCUACACUUAAAGCCAUAAAGACUAUUUUAUUUUCCCUUUGUUCUAAUUAAUUAUAAUGUGAUAUUUUUAUUAUUUAAACUCCAGGCUGGCCGAAUUAAAAAUAUAAAUAUAUUAAAGGUUACAAACACAUUGCACGUCAAGGAUCUUAAAUAAAUAAUUGUGAAUUGUUUGCUGAAUGUAUCUCAAAUAUGAGAGGACAAAGGGGUGGGUGGGUGGAAGAUUAGGAAGAAAAAAGUUCUGUCCACAAGUGCUUUUACAUCUGACAAGAGGCACAAAACUAUUAGAAUUGGCAUCACAGCUCAUUCCCACACUGCAAAUAUCUUUGUCCCUCAGAUUAUUCAUUUUAGUCUUUUUUUUCCCUCCAAAUAUUUUUUGCUACUGUUAUUGUGAUGUCACUCUGUUACCAUAAUGUAAAUGAUCUAGAUUAUCUAGUUAAUAUGGAUAAGCCGUAUUCCAUCUCGAACAAAAGAUAAUUUAUUUUACUAAUUAUGUUACAAAGACUCAUGCUCAUACACAUUCAUGAUGUGUUGAUCUGAAUGGCACGUCCAUAUACAAUUUAAUAUUUAAAUAUACUCUGGAAUAUUUGCACAGAAUUAUUAUGUAAUUACUGCACUUAUGUAAUUAUGCACUUAAUAUUGCUUUAAUAUAAUAGUUUAUUGUAAGUUUAUUACAUUUAAUUUGCAUUCUUAACUUGAAAGCCACAAGUAAUAUGCCAGAUACUGGCACUGUACGACUCUAUUAGGAGUCAUUAUUAAGUCCACCUAUGUAAGGAUGGGAAAAUAUAUCUCAUCAUAGUUAUAGCUGGUCUCUAUAUGACCUUUUAAAUUAUUUAGGUGUAUCUCCCUUGCAGCCAUUCAUUUCUAAGUCAGUGGUGGUUCUAGGAGGUGAUGUGGGUCAUGGGUAUUAGGAAUCCAAACUCAUUUCCCAAAUUUUAAAGGUGCCAACAGCCAUAAAUGUGCAAGAUAAUCCCUUUUUUUACAUACCCUUUGCUCUAGCAGGACAAGGAGAGGGGUAAAUGCUGGCAAAUAGUCAUUUUAAUGAGAAUAAAGUAUUAGAAAAUAAUCCACACAUAUCUCUCCCACCACCUCAAUUACCAACCGAUCCAUAGGUCUGUGAUCUAGAAAAACCCUGCUUUCAAUAUUCAUAUUUGCUCAGAUCCCCCCCCCCCCCCCCCUCAACAAAUUAUUUCAUAAUUGAGACAGAGGGCACAAUUUUAAACAACUUUCCAAUUUACUUCUAUUAUCUAAUUUGCUUUGUUCUCUUGGUAUUCUUUGCUGAAAAGCAUACCUAGGUAUGCUCAGGAACAGUUAUACACUCCUCUGAUUUAGCUGAUGAUGGGUGGCUGAACUUAUAUCCCUUAUGUGGUUGGAUCACCUGGUGUGUUCAGCUAGCUCUCAGUAGUGCAUUCCUGCACCUUCAACAAAGUAUAUCAAGAGAAUGAAGCAAAUCUGAUAAUAGAAUUAAAUGCAUGCAAUGAUGCACUUUCUCAAUUAUGAAAGAUGUUGGGUUUCUUUCUUUUCCUUUAAUGACAGACCUACUAGGAGGCUCAGAUAUUUAUCAAAAAUCAAUUUCUACUAAUUUAAAAAUAUAUGUAUUUUAAUCUAAUGUGGCUGUAUGUGGACAGGCUUGCUGACAGCAUGAGAUUGAUAAGAAUCCACCAUUACUCUGCUUCCCCUGCAUUUUAAGCUGUAUCUCUGGUUUUGUAGUAUAUUCUUACAACCCCCUAUUAGGACAGAGAAAUACGCUAAUCCAUGCCCCAUCCGCUCUCUCCGGGGACCGUGCAGUGCAUGAUGUUUCCGUGCACCUAUUUAUAUUAAAAAAUAUUAUUAAAAAAUACAAAUAAUUGGAGCACUAAUUUGUUUUAUUUUUAUUUAAAUGAAAUUGCAAUAGUCUCUUAGACUUCUAAAAGGAGCCUCUGUGUAUAAUGUUAUGUACAACAUUUUCUAUAUUUUUUUGUAAAAAGCAAAACAAAUAUUUAAUAAAACAUGUGCAUAGAGAGAAGACAGAUCUAAGAAUGUUUCUAAUACCAAAAAAAAAAAUACCAUUGUGAAAUGUGUAAAAUAAAAAGCGAACCUGUUGUAUUUUAUUA